UUAUAACGCAGAACCGAAGCCCCCGAAAUGACCGCAGGGCUGUGUGCAGUGAACAUGCAGGCCGACUUGAGCACGUCUAAAGCCCCUAAAGUCUGUCAGGGCUUAGAUUCACUAAAGUAGUCUGUCCAGCCCGAGCGCUGCGUCGUAACCCGAGCUGUCCGUGAAAAAUGAUCUCGGGGAAAACCGCUGAUUUAUUUCAUUCGUUUUAUUACGUAAAGUGUCCCGGUUCGUGAUCUGCGUUAACCUAAAGAGGGCGGGACUGGGCUUUAACGGGAAGCGCGUGACGAGAGCAGCGGACGGAAGUGCGCUCCAUAGAGGAAAACGGGAGGCAGACACGGUCGGACGCGGUGAGGGAGACGAUAACCGUGAUUCACGCAGAGCGGGCGAAAUAUCGCUUUAAGCGAAGGGUCUCUGGGUGUGGAGGAGGUCAUCGACCCGCUUCGUCUUUCCGGGGCCGGACGGGAGUGCACGGCGGAGCAUCCAGCAGCAUCCUCGGAGCCUUUAGCAGAGGAUGAGUGAAGAGGAGAACCCUGCCGCUGAGCCUUUACCAGUGCAGGACGUCCAGGGUGAUGGGCGCUGGAUGUCACAGCAUAAUCGCUUCGUGCAGGAGUGUAAGGAUGCAGAACCUGAUGUCUUGUUUGUAGGUGACUCUAUGGUGCAGCUGAUGCAGCAGUAUGAGGUGUGGCGGGAGCUGUAUUCACCUCUUCAUGCACUGAACUUCGGGAUUGGAGGAGACACCACGUGUAACCUUCUGUGGAGACUGCAGAACGGAGAACUGGAGAACAUCAGACCACGUGUGGUGGUGCUGUGGGUUGGAACCAAUAAUCAUGAGCACACAGCGGAGCAGGUUGCAGGGGGAAUUGUGGCCAUCGUCCAGCUGCUCCACUCGCGCCUGCCCAAGGCCAAAAUUGUCGUUCUGGGCCUCCUGCCAAGGGGGGAGUUCCCGAACCCCCUGAGGGAGAAAAAUUCAGCGGUGAAUAAUUAUCUCCGGGCCUCUCUCCCUCGCCUGGGACCCGUGCAGUUCCUGGACGUGGGCGGCGGCUUCGUCCACUCGGACGGCACAAUUUCCUGUCGGGAUAUGUUUGACUUCCUGCACCUGACGGCCAGCGGUUACGGCGUCAUAGCCACUCCCCUUCAUGAGCUGCUUCUUCAGCUAUUGGAGGAAACGCCUCAGGAGAGGCGGGCCUCCCUCGUCUGAAAGGAAUCGAUUGGAUGAGGCAUCUAUCAGUCUUUGGAGGGGCGGAGCAAAAACGAGUCACUUUCUUAAGGGGAAACUACCAUAAUACCAUCACAUACUGUAUGAGUAGUGGAGAGAGAGAGGGAGAGAGAGAGAGAGAGAGAGAGAAAGAUCAGUUAGAUCUAUAAACAAUUUCAAGAGAGAGAGAAAUGAAUAAAUCAUUAACCCAAGUGAAGAGUCUGACGGUUCUGAGUGGCAUUUCAGGAGUUCUUGGUUUAGGCAUCUUGUUGAAAAACAAGUUCAAAGUGUUCACACUGCACCAUCAAAAGUUUGGGGACACCCUCAUUUUCGACAUGUUUUUAAUGCAAACAAGUGCGUUUUCUUUGUGUGUUUGUAAUAACAGCAUAUUACAGCUUAAGUGCGGUGGCGUAACAGCUGGGGGGCAGGCGAACGGGGCAGUCACAUCUGGACCCAUGGCAAAGGGGGGCCUUUUAGGCACCUUAUGUGGACACGGACACAAUCGUACGCCUACAGCUCGCAGAAAGAACCAAUUUUUCAACAAAUCUCACCAGUUAGCUUCCAUCAACACUACAAAGACAGAACCGAUGCCUGUUUACUCCCCUCAUACCUCCUUCACAACCUGCACCUUCACAAAUACAUUUAUGAUUAAAUAUUCUUUGUAAUAUUUAUGUCUUAUAUAGGUAGUUUAUUGUUAACUUUCGAUUAACAGUAAAUGCGAAUGGGUGGCCUUUUGCAAACUGACAAAGAAAACCUGCUUAUUUGUAGGACGUCCUGCAGAUGAAAUAAAUUAAAAAUGAUAUAAAUUAAAAUAAUCUGUGGCCACAACUUAGUAAGGCAUGGGGACAAGAUCCUAAUGUAUGGGCACAACUUGGUAAGGCGUGGGAAUGAAAUGAUUAAGCUUUGACCACAGCUUAAUAAAGCAUGAUCUUGUUCCCAUGCCUUACUAACUUGUGGCCACGAAUUAAUUAUCUCAUUCCCAUGCCUUACUAACUCCCAUGCUUUAGGAUCUUGUUCCCAUGUGUUAACACAGUGUGGACACUCAAUAUUUUUAUUCAUACUAAAUGUCACCAACAGAGCCGUAUAUUUGCAUUUUGGUCAUAAACAUUUGCAUUCAGAACACUGAGAAAAAGGGAUUCAUUGGUGGCGCAUGUUUGUGUGUAUUUGUGAGGACCUGAGUGUGUAAACGUCCUCAGAAAAAUGUGAAGGAAAAAAAAAGUGAAUUCCUUUUCGCUGUUUCACACAAAUUUGUCUGCACUGAUGUAUAUUUAUGAAUUUGCUUUUCCACCCUUGAGUUGAUCUCUAGGGUCUGUUUAUUCCUGUUAAAUGGUUUAAUUUAUUUAUUUUAUAGGUCCUCAAAAGCAGCACUGAACAGUCGCCAUUACUGAUUACUCACACACAUUAGCUGACCGAGGCUUGAGCGUAGCACUGAUACUGCCAGCUUCUCUGUGCCUUCACUCACGAAGAGAUUGUUGAUAUUCGCACACUUACACUUUUCCAAGUAGAUCAAAUCUGAUGGGUUUGGUAGGUUUGAGUGUUGGAAUCUCUAGUAAUGAUUCUUUAGUGUUUCUCUCUGACCUAAACCUGUUUACUCUCUCUCUCUCUCCGAACAAUAGUUACAGUCUCUCUGAUUCUCUCUCGCUCGCUCUCCCCAUCACUCACCAUUUUUAUUGUUUACUGUGUACAGUGGUUUCUCUGUUCCAGCUGACCUUUGAUCUGUGUUUGAAACGGCUUAGCAUUGGGACGCUCCACACCAUCGGCUAAGGUCACAAUGUGUGCGUGUGAGAGACCGUCUAAUGUAAGACCAUGCUGUCUUAAAACUGUGUAUUCACAUAACUGAGUGUGGGUGGGCAAAAAAAAACUUGUUUACACCUGGUCGUUUUAUGUGAAACGGACGUACCGCGGCACUUCUAUGAAGAAAGAAAUGUUUAUCAAGCCAAGUAGCUUUUCACUGCCGGGCUCAACGGGGAAUCUUUGCGAGACUUUUCCAGGCGACAGUAUCUGUUGUAACUCCACGUUUGGUCCAAAUAGGUUUCCCGCUUCUCUGGAUCGUUUCUUCUCUCAGCUGUGUUUAUUUCUGAGAAUAAAGGAGAUUGUGCCAGCUGGCGUGCUGUCCGCAGCUGUAGGAAAAUGAUUCCGAAGUUUAGCACAAUCUCUGGUGUAAAGCACUUUUGAGAGGCCUAAAAACCUUCAUUACUCCACCAUCGAUAUGAGUUCUGGUGGAGUUUUUGUUUUAAGAUCGUUUCUGCACACUAUUCAGUAGCUUGGACCUGCUCUGAGUGGUCUUUUCCAUGAUUUAAAAAAAAAAAAAGGUCAAAUUAGCCACAUAAAAUAAGCUGUGUCAAUAAGAAGCUGCAAUUGAGGCCAUCACAGCAACAUGAAGCACACAAGCAGCUGGGCUUCAGCCUGAUUUAUUAACACCCUGUUGCCACCUACUGGCUGUAUUUUGUAGCAAGCAAGCUUAAAACAAUGGUUAAUCUACUAACAAUCAUUUGCCGUCUGUAAAAUGCUGUUUGGUCCAGCUCUACUAUCCAUAUAAAAUCCUGAUAUUCGAGAAACAUGAAACAUCGAGGUGUAAACAGGUCUGAAUGAGUCUGAAUGAGAGUGUGUGUAGGCGUGUCUGAACAUGCCUGAGUGUGUGAGGAAACGCCGUGUCUGUAUAUAUUAAUAGUCUGUGUAAAAGCUUGUGUAGCUGGUGAUGUGAUAAAUGAAGCUGCUCGUGUUUGGGUUUUAGUUGAUGCGCGUGGCCAUAUGUCUGUGCUCACUUUAGCCACUGAGCUUGCACUGUUUAGUUUAGCUGCACUGCCACACAGUGAAGAGACAUUCCAUUAAAGAUGCAGGGAUGGUACCUCAA